AUGGUGUAUCUGAAACUGUCUGCACUGACAGAAGAGGACUCUGCUGUGUAUUACUGUGCAAGAGAAGCACAGCGAUACAGUUGUUUAUACUGUCAAGGCAUGGAUUCGAUUGAAAGCUCAGUUCAGAAAAAGCCUGGAGAAACUCUGACUCUGUCCUGUAGAGGAUCCGGGUUCAGCUUUGACUGCUGUAGCAUGCACUGGAUCAGACAACAAGCUGGAAAACCUCUUGUGUGGAUGGGUCUGGGAUACAGUUCUGGAAAUGGGCAUAAGGCAGAAUCCUUUAAGGAGAGGCUGGAAAUCAGCAGAGAUGAUUCAAAAAGCAUGAUGUAUAUGAAACUGUCUGGACUGACAGAGGAGGACUCGGCUGUGUAUUACUGUGCAAAACAAGCACCGUGA